CAUAGUGUGUGGCAGAUGAGGUAAUAAAUGAGAAAGGAGAAGGCAAAAUGCAAGUAGACUCCGUCCAAAUGAAUUUUAAGCAAGUUGAUGAUCCACUUGCAGAAGCCAGCGUAAGCGAUGUGCUAAACAUCUCUCUUUAAUAGUAUUUACAAAGGAAAGAAGAGUAGAGAAUUAAAAAAAAAAAAGAUGCCUUCUUCCCUUCAACUGCAUCGAGUUAAUCCAACCACCGCCACACUAGCGGUUAAACAACCGCAUCUAUCACAGGCUACAACAUGGUUUAGUCCGGUUUCCACUUCUGUCCCUGAUAACGUAUUGCAUCACCACACCCAUGUUGUGGGUCCCAACCAGUGCUGCUCCGCGGUGUUGCAGUCCAUUUCCGCCCCAAUCGACACCGUCUGGUCCCUCGUCCGCCGAUUCGAUAAUCCGCAAGCGUACAAACACUUUCUCAAGAGCUGCCACGUCAUCGUCGGUGACGGUGACGUCGGUACGCUUAGGGAAGUCCGGGUUGUAUCCGGACUACCCGCGGGUUCUAGUACGGAGAGGCUGGAGAUUUUGGAUGACGAGGAACACGUGUUGAGUUUUAGCGUUGUGGGAGGAGAUCAUCGGCUGAAUAAUUACCGAUCGGUGACGACGCUGCACCGGGCGGCGGAAGAAGGAUCGACGGUGGUGGUAGAGUCGUAUGUAGUGGAUGUACCACAAGGGAAUACGAAGGAAGAAACGUGUGUAUUUGUGGAUACGAUUGUGCGGUGCAAUUUGCAGUCGCUGGCCCAAAUCGCACAGAACUUGGCUAAAACGUCAAAGAAUCAUGAUGAAGACCCACAACUGAAAAUUCAUAGAUUGGUAGAUUUCGUGGACUGUAAGGUUGGUUCUUGGAAUUGUUUAAACGUGUUACUAUGGUAUAUAAUGGUGUGCUGUGUAUUUUGUAUAACUACUAAUCACUUUGUCACCAUCACAUAUAUUCUUCUCAAUAUAUACAAAGUAUUAACAGUCAAAGAUAUUUUUCUUUCAUCCUAAUCUUUUCAGUUUGUUAAUUAUUGGAAAAAAUACUUUUUCAUAUUUAUAAUUAUGGUAACUUAUUACGAUAUUUCAUUGUAGUUUUUAAAUAUUUAAUUUUAUAUCAAAAUUUAAUAUACUAACAUUAGUUAGUUUGACUUUUCUAUUUUGAAUUGAAGUCAAUAGAAUGAUUAACGCCCAAUUGAAACGGAGGGAGUAUUAAUUUUGUUUAUUUCCUCCUCUUUAAUAGUUUGGUUAGGAAGGGUUCAACUUAGAGGCCUCCUAAUAAGUUGGUAGCUUUUGUACCAAGAUGUCCCCAUUGUGCCAUUUCUACACAUUUACAAGUGUUGGUGAUUACCAAUUCUAAUAAAAGCAAUUGUUCUA